CAUGCUAGACGUAGAUCAACAGGGUACCCUCAUUCCAAGCCUUGUGCAACUUUGUCAGAGAAUCGCGGCCAAUCACGCGGAUAGUAUACACAGCAUAGGCGAUGGCCGCCGCUACGAUCUGCUCAAGCCUAUCCUCGGGAAUUGCUCCCCGGAGACCCUGCUUCGAAUCGAACAAUCAAAUCCGGAAAUUGAAGAGAAUAACAAUGAACUAUGGGAGAGGUUAUGCUUCCGAACAUAUCCUAUAGCCGCUGAGCAAUUCCGCUCUGACACAGUUGAAGAGCCAGGAUCAUGGCGAGAACAGUUUUUCUUGCUGCGUGAGAUGGAAACAAAACGAUUCGAACAAUUAGGGACACGUUUAAGGACCAUUAGGCAAGAAGAGGUAGAACGCAAGAAAGAAACUCAAAUCAAACUUACGGAUAAGUUACCCGCAAGUAAACGAGCUCGUACAUGGGGUGCAUAUCAACCUAAGACACUGCUUCAGAAGACCAGGUCGGAUGCUGCGCGACUACAGAAAGGAAUCUAUGGUACACGCCUUAUUCCGCCAAUGCACACUACGAAGACUUGGCGUGCUACCUCAUCAGGUGCUAGUAUCAAGCCUGCGCUACAUCCAACAACAUCUACUGCCUCGUCAAGUUCAACCCGUCCCGGUAGCCGCGUGACUGUCACCAGUGUAUCGAUACGCCAGCCUAUUGCCAAGACAAGACCCAGCAUAACAACUGUAUUAUCAGAUACCAAGUUGUCCUCGUCCUCGACAGAGUCCCACACCGUAUCUAGUCCCCCUGCUGUCGACGAUACAUGUUCGUCGACAACUCUACCAACACAGACAUCGCCAUGUUCAGAUGUUUCCGCCCCACCGAAACGUCCUUCGUUGGGGAGAAAGGAUCCCAUGGCUGCUUUGUUCAUGCCAAAACAUCGUGCACAUUCACAACGACCCUCUCAGGUAGUGGGUUCUCGUACUGUAAGCUCCCGGACUUAGAACGUAUCGAGGGCACUCGGUCUGCUCCUGUUGAUGAAUCUAAUCUCGCUCGAUCUUCUUUCUUACCCGCGUUGCAUCAGUAUCACGACAUUCAGUAACGCUGGAUGUACUUCUAUCAUCUCCCGAGGAAAGUUGUCACCAGUAGAAUACCAAUUAGAUGUUGUAAUCAUUACGACCCUUUUGUGUCACUUACUCAGUACACAUUCUGCUUGUUCAGUCAAGCUUCAUAGCGCUGGACAAUCUCAUCAUGCCCGUGUAGCCGAG